GUGAGAAACAACGAAGAAUCACAUUACAUUUACGUUAACAGUGGAGAUUGAAUGUAGAAGAAAAGAUACAAUCUCACUCACGUGUUUAUUUAUCUAUCUCUUCAUUAGGAAGAAACAAUCGAAUUUUCGAAGAGGAACAAUAAAAUUAACAAGGAAAUUUCUGAAAGGGUGAGAAUUAGGGUUUUCGGUAAUCAAUGACGAAGACGACCAAAGGCGGUAAGGUGAUGAACCCUACCGAUGCUUAUAGGAAGGAGCUUCGCAAAAAGGAAUUGAAAAGGAAUAAAAAAGAAAGAAAGAAGGUGAGGGAUGUGGGGAUUUUGAAGAAAGAUCCUGAUCAACUCAAGAAACAGAUUGAAAACUUGGAAAUGAUGAAGGCUGAUGGCGCCUUGGAUAAAGCAAGAAAGCACAAAAAGAGGCAACUAGAAGAUACACUUAAUCGUGUCAUUAAGAAGCAGAAGGAAUAUGAUGAGAAAAAGCGGGAGAAGGGUGAGGCCCCUGUUAUGUUCAGUCAUUUGGGGCUUCCUCAAAGGAGAACAAGUGCAGAAGAGGAAGAUAGAGUUAAUCACCCACAGCCAGAGGACUCUGUUUAUUACCAUCCUCAAUUAAAUCCUACCGGGGCUCCACCGCCAGGGAAACCUCCCAUGUAUCAUUCGCCUAUAGGACCUAGAAUUCCCUUGUUUGGUGCUUCGUCAAGUACUGCCGCAUCAUCCUCGGCAACAGAGUCCGAUGAUUGUGUAUUAGCCGUACCUCCACCUCCCCCACCACCACCACUACCUGAAGCUAGUUCAGCUGAUGGUGCUGUUUUACCUGCAUCUUUGCCACUGCCUCCCCCACCUCCCAUGCCUCCAAAUCCCACUACUGUGGUGCCUGCAUCAUUACCACCACCUCCUUUGCCGCCACCACCUCCUGGUCCUCCACCUAAAGAGCAAGCUGUAAAUCGGCCUUUACCCCCUCCUCCUCCACCUCUAAAACAUUCUCAGCCACCUCCACCUGGCACCAGUGAAGGUGAAGAGAGAAAUCAGUAUGCAUUGCCAGAUAAUCUAUCUUCCAAGGAGCCUGGUCAGGUGCAGCUUCCUCCGCCCCCUCCGCCACCAAGUCAUAUGCCACAAAAUUCUGGUGCUAUUCAGUCUGAUGGUGCUGUUGUUUCUACUGACAAUAGGAAUUCUUUGUCAAACCAGGAGAUCCAAAAAAUGGUUCCUGGGCCUCCUCCUCCAAGGCAACAACCUCCUGGUCCAGGACUCACAUUAAUCCCGAGUGUACAGCCUGAUGUGUUGCCUCCUGGAAUAUCUCGGUUCCCACCACCCCCACCAUCUGAUAUGAGGCCUCCUUUACCUGUGAUUGGACUUCCUGGUCAGGCACCACCUCCUGGAAUGAUGGUCCCCCUAAUCCCAAGGCCCCCAUAUGGUCCUCCACCUGGGCCUCCUCCAAUGACGAGACCACCACUUCCACCUGGUCCUCCUCCGAACUUUCAGGAAGAGGAUCAUAUGGCAACUAGGCCACUUCCUCCUCAGAAACCAUCAUAUGUUAAAUCUGCUGCUUCCACUGUUGUUAAAAGGCCAUUAGCUCAGCACACUCCAGAACUCACAUCUAUGGUUCCUGCAUCUGUGCGGGUGAGAAGGGAGACUGCAAUGACCAAAACAAAACCAAAACCAUCUUUGUCAACAGUGUCAGUGUCAACAUCUAGGGCAGUCUCUGUGACACCCGGGCCAACUAUUUUAAAAGCAGAGUCAGUGAGCUCGUCGUCUGCUCCAAAAGCACCAAGCAUUGAUGACUCAUACACAGCUUUCUUAGAGGACAUGAAAGCCCUUGGCGCACUUGAUGGUUGAGUGGCGGAGCAGCAAAAUGGCGAGGAUGUGCGAAGUAGCUUGUAUUCAAUGAACCACUCAAAUGACAUAGUCUUUUGUUUUUCUCGAUAAAGUAGUUAUAAGACCUUGAAAGGUCGUGUAAUUCUAAUUCAUACCCGCUCUCUUUUAUAAGUUGACUUACUGUUUUUUUAAAAACAAAUGGGUGCACUGUUAUUAUUUUAUAGUUUUAUAAUUGACAUUUACUUUA